AUGUCUGACGACCCCGAACGAGUCUUUUCUUGUACGAGACGUAGGAUCUCCUGGGACAGAGCAAGGAUGACCCCGGAGACCAUUGAAAAAUCGCAGUGUUUGAGUAGCUGGGUGAAGAAUGACCUGAUCAGGAGAGUCUAUGUGUCUGUGGAAGAUGAGAUCAUGGACGCUUACGGUGAUGAUGAAGGGUAG